AUGCCGUUUGGAUUGUGCAAUGCUCCAGCAACGUUUGAAAGGUUGAUGGAGCUUGGAUUUACCGGGCUAAUUGGAGAUGCCUGUCUGGUCUACUUGGAUGACAUCAUCAUCGUAGGCCGUACGUUUGAGGAACACCUUCAAAACCUGGAACGCAUGCUCAUGAAGAUCCAGAAUGCCAACCUCAAGUUGAGUCCGAAGAAGUGCUCACUAUUCAAACGGCAAGUUAGCUUUUUGGGGUAUGUAGUGUCGGAAGAAGGUAUCCGCACGGAUCCAGAGAAAAUUGCCGCUGUCAAGGAUUGGCCGGCUCCAAAAGACAAGACACAGGUUAGAGCAUUUUUGGGUUUGUGCUCUUAUUAUCGGCGAUUUGUGAAGAACUUUGUAGAUAUAACCAAACCUCUGCACAGGCUAACCGAGGAGAAGCGACAUUUCUGCUGGGAUGGAAGUUGCAAUAUUGCAUUCCAGGAGCUCAAGAACCGUCUGUGCAAAACACCUAUUUUAGGGUACCCUGAUGCGGGCAAGGAAUUUAUAGUUGACACAAACGCAAGUGAUAUAGGAUUUGGCGGUGUGUUGUCUCAACGGAAUGGUGAUCAAGACAACGCAUCUGCGUUUUGA